AUGCGUCUCGCACAAAUCUACCACCCCGUCUUCGCAGCGGAGUUCAACGAAAUCGCAGACCUCUUCGAGGCCGGCGAGCUUUACCCAGCCAUCAACAAAGCCAAAGAGCUCAUCGACCACCCGAGCAGACCCAUGUACCACAAAAUGCUCUCUUGGGUUAUACUAGCUCUUGCUCUGGACCACCUGGACGUCAUCAAGAUCUGCUGCGACGAAAGAUACGACCGGGCACGAACGCCGAGUUCGAUCUAG